GCAUGGUAAGUAAUAAAAUUUCAGUCUGACUGUUUGACCUUUUUUAAGAGUUGAGAAUUCUUUAAAAUUUCAGUCUAGGAGUGAUAUUGAUUCGGUAAUUCCGCAGUGUAUUCUGCUUCCAGUAUUCCUUAGUUACAGGAUAAGGAUUCAGGUUUGGCUUCGUAGCAUAGCGCCAGAUACUUACGGAGAGCAAAGAAUACGAUUCAGUGUAGUCCUGUUAUAGAGACAAUGUCGACCAGGGUGAAAGCCACAGAUUCCAUCAGCGGAGUGAAAUCGAGCUCUUCCCGAUCAGCUAGGGAUCUGGAGAGCUCGAGGAAGACCACUCGUGAACGGCGGAGUAGAUCACGCAGCGCUGAUAGAACUGUUCGUAAACAGCAUCAGUCAAGUAGUCACGAUCAUAAUUCAGUCUCUCGCAAUGCCUCCCAUUCUCGUAUUAGGGAAGUAUCAUCCUCCACUAAUGAUCCAAAAAGACGCAAACGUAGUCGUACCCGUUCCCGGGAACGAGCUGCGGAUAAGAAGGGACGGAACGAAAAGGAGCGUUCCUCGCAGUCGACCAGAGCACACGACCACUCUAGGUACAGCGAUCGCCACCGCUCUGAUAGAGACGCUUCAUCGAAGCAUUCGUCGGAUAAACGGGAUAAAAAACUUGACAAUGGGAAGAUAGUGUCCCACGGGAAGGAUUCUAAAAAACCGAAGGAAGAGGCAGUUGAUUUAGUCGAUGAAGAAGAGGACGAAGAGGCAGUAAUUGAGCGUCGGCGACGUGAGCGCGAACUGCUCUUGUCCAAAUUGAAUAAAGAAUCCCGUGACACCCCAUCAUCAGAGCCAUCUCAGCCCCCCGUUAUCCACAAUAAAAUCCUCUCUCAGGUGACUCGUUCUUAUGACUCGGUAUCACGUGAACCUUCUCCUGCAUCCAGUCUUAGCAAGAGCCUAGCCGACUCCCUGGAUGCUGAUUUCCAAGUGCACGAUAGUCCGGACGAGGAUUGGGAGGACGGAUUGCGCGAUAAGUUGCGACAUGUGGACCAGAAGGAUCUGGAUCAAGCAGGUCAGGAUCAGCAGUUAGCGGCCGAAUUGGACCAGGUUGGAGAGUGGCGGAAGCGUAUCGCUAAGGGUUUGGUUGCCCCACAGAAGCAGAAUAUCGAUAUGUUCUCCGAAUCGGAUAUGUUUUCGGAGGACUAUCAGAAUUCCGGUACAACAGCUGAUAUGGCUAAUGGAAGUGGAAAGAACGAAAACUCGACUCUGGCUGAUAACUGGGAUGAUGCCGAAGGCUACUAUCGAGUCAGAGUCGGUGAACUUCUGGAUGGACGGUACCAGGUGUUCGGUUAUACUGGUCAAGGAGUGUUCAGUAAUGUUGUUCGCGCACGGGACACUGCUCGCGGUAAAGAUGACCAGGUGGCCAUUAAGAUCAUCCGCAACAACGAGAUUAUGCAUAAAACCGGGCUAAGAGAACUGGAAUUUCUGAGAAAACUGAAUGAUGCUGACCGGGAAGAUAAGUUCCAUAUCAUGCGACUGCAUCGGAGCUUUUUUCACAAGAAGCAUUUGUGUCUCGUAUGUGAACCCUUAAAUAUGAAUUUGAGAGAAGUCUUGAAGAAGUUUGGACGAAACGUCGGACUCCACGUUAAAGCUGUUCGUUCCUACAGUCAGCAACUGAUUUUGGCACUGAAAAUGCUGAAGCGUUGCAAUAUUCUGCAUGCCGAUAUAAAGCCUGACAAUAUUUUAGUGAACGAGAGCAAACUCGUGGUCAAGUUGUGUGACUACGGCUCAGCGUCCUACGCUCAUGAAUGCGAAAUCACACCUUACCUGGUCAGUCGAUUCUACCGUGCACCGGAAAUCAUUCUCGGAUGCCCGUAUGAUUUCGGAAUUGACAUGUGGAGUACCGCCACCACUAUUUUUGAGUUGUACACUGGUCGAAUAUUGUUUCCCGGCAAAAGCAACAAUCAGAUGUUAAAAUUGAUGAUGGAUGUGAAGGGAAAGAUCCCCAAUCGGGUUAUCCGCAAAGGCACUCUAAGAGAAGCUCAUUUCGAUUCUAACGGAAAUUUCCUGUAUGCGGAUUUGGAUUUGGUUACUCAAAAGGAGAAGAUUCGCGUGGUCACCAACAUCCAACCAACUAUUGACCUUCUGAAAGAACUAGUCGGAUCUCAACAUCUACCAGAAGAUCAGUACAAAAAAGUGAGCCAACUGCGCGACUUGUUGGAUAAAAUGUUGGGAUUGGAUCCCUUAAAACGGAUUUCCUUGAGUGAUGCUUUGUCUCAUCCUUUUAUUCAAGAUAGAUAACUCUGUAUCACUGCAGUCUGUAGUUAUGUACAGUUCUAAACCCAAAGAAUUUGUAAAUGCGCAAAUUUGGCAUUAUUAUGCCUUUCAUGUUUCGUUAAUACAUCUCACCGACUGGCUUUCCUGCACACUAUCUACGCUUAAAAUAAAACUCGGUGCACGUUA